GAUUUCAAGAUAGUACCUUCCAAAAGUUUGAAUAUUAAAUUGUAAAAAUUAGUGGCAACAAACUUAGCAAACCUUCCACUAGGGUAUUCGCUUUGGGUAUUUCAACCGAUUAUUAUUUAAAUAAACUCGUUAAGAAAAUCAGUUGUGUAUUGUCCGUCACUGGUAGUGUAUCGAUGUCCAGUGUUACAGUUUUUUGCUAAAAUUAGCAACCAGUGUUUUGGCGGCUUUUUUUUAUAUCGAGCGAUUUCUUCUUAAAAAAAAAAAAGAUAAAAUGGCUUUACCGACGGCAAUCCUUUUAUCUGGAAUCGAUACAACACAACUCGAAGAAAUCGCCGACAAAAUCGAAACGACCAACGACCUUCAACAUGGACUCGACGAUUUAAAAAAAGGAAAGGGUGUAACGGCGCUUCCUUUCGUAAAAACUCGUAAUUCGGACAGUGGAAUCGGCAGUUCGGAUUCCGAAGUUUCUCGCACUCCUUCUCCUUAUAAUAUUAACCUAAUUAACGAAAUUGAGGAGAAAAAUAAAAUCGAUUUGGUAAAUACUGUCGCGAAAAAAGAAGAAGGUGAUAAUAAUGUGCUUAAUGAAGAUGAUAACGCAUCGGAAACUUCGUCUGAUUAUUGCCCGGACAUCCCGAUGGAUUCGGUCGAAUGGAUGACAGCUAUCAACAAUUCCGCCGAUAAAUUGAUUUAUUGCAUGAACGUCAUUGACAGAUUGGAAAGUAAAUUCGCCAUGUUUUCUCAAUCUAAUUGCCCUCAAGGACACAUCUACAGCCCUCUGGAUCCCAAAAUUAUUUACGAUAACCGGGAUAUUUUAGAUUUGGCAUCUAACUUGCGACGUAACGUUUGGCAAUCGCCAUUAGCGCACGCGCAAGCCGAUGCCACUACUAAAUUUCAAAACGAACCAAUUGCUAAGGAAAUGGCGUCUCCGCGUACAACCGAAAAAUGUAAAAUCGAAGAUUGCAACUACAACGAACCUAUUUACGAUUAACUUAAUCAAAUUUUGUUUAAUUGCGCGUUUCGAAAGGAAAAUUAAUACAAAGUAUAUGCCGCAAUAACACUGUGAUAAAGCACAUCGUCCUUAUUUUAUUUAUACAGUUUACAAAACAGACUAAUGUACUUAAUGUAAGUACAAAUUAUUUGACGAGUUACUUUAAUAAUUCGAAAUCGUUGAAUUUUUUAAUGAAAUAUGUGUUUUUAUACUUAGUUUUAAAUUCAUUUUGAUCGUUAUUAAUUGAUUAAAAGGACAGUUGCGUUUUGUAAAAACGCAAAUUAAAUUUUCAAAAUACUGAAAUAACGGAAAAUUACAAUUACAGUGUUAACUAAUUGACAAUUACAAACUAAAACUGCACACCGAGAAUACGAGAACGUUGCAAGAGAAAAUUUCCAAUUUAUAGAAAUCAGCUGUAACAACUAAACAAUACAGCGUUGCCACGUAUACUCACCAUUUUAUCCUGAAAUUAUAAACGUUUCUCUCCUCCAUAUAUCUGGAAUAAUCUAGUUACCAGUUACUUCUUUUUUUAAUUUAUUUGGAGUAUCAAAUUAACAACAAUUACCAGUUACAGAUUCAAUUUUAAUUAAUACCGGAACUGGUCUCGUCUCGCAAUGACAUAUAUUCAAUUUUUGUUUAAAAAUAUUUUACAAUUUUUAUUUUGUAUACUUUGUAUUAUUUUCUUUUAUGUUUAUAUCAGUGACAUUUCUAUUUUUUAUAUUUCUUUAUUCAUAAAAAUAAGAAUAACUCAACUUUCUAACGAUAAAAGAAACGAUUGAGUUUUUCUAAUGUUUUUUUUUUCUAUUAAUUUUUAUAUUAUUACAAAGAUGUUUAUAGACAUCAUAUUUUAAAUAAAUGUAUUUUACUAACACGGAUUUAUUAAUCGUAUUAAACUACUGGGGUAGUACAAAUAUUAUCAAGUACCUGAACUUCGUUAUACUAUAAAAAAGAAAACAUAAAACUCUCAAUAAUUUACCAAAAACACAUGACUUUACAAAUGUUUACGUCACAAAUUACAAUUCCCAAACAAUAGUAUAUGCAACCAAUAUAACAUGGAGAUGAACAGAAUCGAUGUCUGAUAUUUUGUUAAUGAAAAAUUAUGUUGUCAUAACAAAACGAUUACUGUUUUUGUUUCUUAUUUUAUACUAAACCAUGUUAUAUGUUGAUUUCAAAUAGUGGAAUGGAGCUUCUUAUUAGUUGAGCAAAUUCAGAACAGUUUGAAAUAAUCUAGUCCAGUCCUGCGUAUUAAUGUGUUACACUGGUUGCCUAUAUCAAUGUAAUGCAUUUAAUAUUAAAAUGUUUUAUACUAGAAAUGUUCAAUUGUGACAUGUUUUUAUUGGUGUUUUGAAGAGAUAUGCUAAUUAGUUUAUUCAAUAAAAUUUUAUAGAUACAUUCACAAAUCUGAUGAUUCAUUUGUAGUAGCCCUGUAUUUAUUUAUAUAUUGAAUAUACCUAACUAUUUAUUAUUACUAAUUCGUAUGUAUGUUUAAAAUGUUUUUUAAAAAAAUCAAUAUUUUCAAUUAACUAGUAAUUUGUAUUUUAAUAUGUUUAAUUAUUAUACUUAUAUUUUACUAGAUGUCAAAAAUUGCUGUUUUGCGCUGUUGCCGUUUUUGUCAAUAUAUAAUUCAGUAAUGUUAGUUGCAUACUAAGUAGUAACUAACAUUGGUUUUAAAAUCAAAAUACUCAAAAAAAUGUUAACUUAUACUCAAAUAUAUAAAUCGUUCUGCUUAUUUUUAUUCAUAAUUACAAUAUAAUAUGUAAUAUUAUUUCUACUUUAACAAAUAUAAAUUAUUAUAGUGAAAAA